AUGAAGAGCAAGGUCAAAGGCACUAUUCUGCCUUUACAACAGGCGGAAUUCGACGCCCUGCCGUAUUCAGUCCAGAGAAAGUACUUUUCAUCCCUGGAGCGUUUGCAGAUCCGACAACAGGCCUCCGACGAGCCUACAUCAGGCCGCUCAUCCCAAGCCAGCACCUCAUCCAAAUCCCACCGGCCUUCUCUAUCACUCGGCACCGGACGACGCAGACGUAAAUCCGAAAAGGCCGUGCAAUCUCACGACAUCUCCCAAGUCGAGCUGGACUUUUUCCUUUCUUUGCCUGAAAAGGUACGCAAGCAACAUUUUUCCCGCGAAGAGCAGGCACUCCUCCAACAAAGGCACCAACAGGCCUUGCUUCCCGACGACCAAGACAUCGAGUGGGCACAACAACGCUUCAACGACUUUCAUUUCGACUUUCCCAGCCCUCCGGUCGACCUUCCUGAACGUGGACGCUCACGACGACGUUCUUCAUCGGCCUCUUCGACUGUCAGCCCUUCCCGCCCUUCUUUCGGGCCGUCUGCUACACUUGACACGAGCAAGGACCGAAACAGGCAUUUACUAUAUCUCGACACCAUGGCCACGCCGAUGUUUACGCGAAGAGAGAUGCCGAUAGAUAACAUGAGACGAACAAUGUCACUUACCUCCCACCCCGUCCGCCACGGAUCCUCAUACAUGUCGGACCCUCCCUUCUUCAAUGCUAGGCCAAGAGGUCUUCACCAACGUGCGCACUCCUCUUCGCUCGCAAGUCACACGUUACCAUCCAUGCCUUCACCCCUUGUUGUCGAUACCGAAGCGACCCAUUACCAAGAUCCAGAGGCGAGAAAGAAGUUGCGCAUGUACCUUGCAUCACCCCAAAAGUUUGAUGAAGCGAUUGAGUUCGGUUUCCCAUCUUCGGCAGGAAAUGACUCUGCUACACCGCACUUUCAGCUACCCCAGAUCGACAACCAUGCCCGUAAGUUCAGUCGAGACAUGCAGACCUUCCUCAGAGACGGGCAGUUGUCCUUUUUCGAAGACAAUGAAAACCAAGGACUGGAGUCUGACGCUGGCUCAGUAGCCGACAUGGACUCACCCGCUACGCCUUCUAGCACCGGAUUGUCAUUCCGUAUGCAUUCUCGCCAGAUCUCGCAUCGCAAAUUCUCAGUUGAAUCGCCCGCUCCUUCGCCUGUUCACUCCGCCAACGGGCAGUUCAACCGAGAGAUGACACUCCGUAUGACUUUGACCCGGCCCGAUUUACGAGCUGACGAAGAUCAACUGUAUGGUUGGCAAAGCUCGAGCCCGAAAGCUCCGAAAGACGACCCAUUGGCACUCGAAGAUCUGGUCUUUACCGACGAUAUGACAGGUACCAAAGGCGCAUUCUACGUCAAGCCCAAACCACGCGGAAACCUCGUCAGCCGUCUAUUGAAGCGUGCCAGCCUCAAAGCAACAAGUCGCUGA